AUGCGAGACAAGGAGAUGGAAAAGAGCGGGCGCCCUUCCUUUACAAAACGGGCAGACUGGAGCCGAAUAAAUUUUACCUUCCUAGUAUUUGUACUGGGAAUUAAAACGGUCUUUUGCAUUUUACUUUUUAUAUACCAACAUGUGUUACUGUUUUUUAUAUUCUUCAUGUCCACAGUCAUUUCCCUGUACUCCCUAGUUGUAAACACCUUCAAGGCAUUAACCCUUUAUAUAAUCAUUUUAACGUCCAUCCUAACGUCGAUCUUCUUGUCCUUAUUUAAUAUCAUACACGUAGAGUAUAUAUCUAACGUUUUUAAGGAUGUGUUCCUAUCGACGGUGUCAUAUUCAGUAUUACCCUUAUUCACAUUAGAAUUUUUUGUAGCGGUUAUUUACAUAUGCUUGAAGAGGAGAAGAAGGGGAUACAUCGAAAAACGCUUAAAGGAAUUAAAAAUAAUCAUCGAUGGAGGGAGAAAUAAAGAGAAAGGAGAAAAACUCCUGUCGCUGCAAAUCGAUUUGGAGAAAAAUGAACUUAACACAUAUGACAGGACUUAUAAGUACUACUUGACUAAUUACAAAAACAAGAAAUACAUCUGCAUUGAGAAGAACACUGAUUAUUCCAGUGACGGGGACGAUCAAAGUGCCCAUCAUGGCGGAAACGAAUACGUCGAUUACAAUGCCACUUCAUCUAAACGUUCAUCUUUGAAGAAGCAUCGAAGUAGCAGUGGUAAAAAAUCCCUCCAAGCGGAAAAAAUCGCAAAUAAGGGAUCCCCCAAAAGUGACUCCCUGUCCUAUUACCAUGUCAGCGAGGAUUUAAGUUUUAUCCAUUCGGGAAUUAAAAAAUAUGCUAAAAAGAACGAAAAAAGUAAUGCGAAAAAGAAAAAAUCGGGAGGAAAAGGGCCAGCGGAAAAGUAUACCCACACUGCUGGUACCUGGAGUGAUGGCUAUGGUAGCCCAAUGCACAGUGCAAGUUCUCACACAAAGGGUAGAAAGCACCAAUGGUGCAAUGACAAGAAUAGCAUUACUGAUAAGGAGUGCACCAACUUGGUGAACAAUGAAAGAGAAGAUGAAGCAGAAGGCACAUCCAUUAUUUCACAAGAGCCUCCAUCACAAACACAGUUCCUAACGCAGCAGAUCGAACCAUGUAGUAACAAAACCAUGUCUAACAGUUUGACGGAGACCCUACCGAAUCAAACACCAGAAGAGGGGGAAAAUUCCAAAAAAGGUUCCGCAGAAUAUAUAAAAAAUUCUUUUUCAUUAGACAAUUAUGAAGAAGUAAAUCAUAUAAUAGAAAAAUUUAUAGAAAAGAACAAAAAGGAAGAGACUCCAAGUGCAGAUUCCACGUUUGACUCCACCAAACAGACUGAACAACAAAAUGGCGCAGAGGAUACUGUAGAGAAGGUGGACGAAUUAGACAUGGAAAGUAAAAAGAGGAAAAUGGAUGACGACCUCGAGCAGAAAGAGCUACCACAGAAUGAGACCCCACCAGGAUCAUUCGACCCUACCCCGUUACCAAAUGUACAGAACCAGACAGAAGAAAUGAAUGUACACAAUGACGAAGAAAAAUGGGACCAUCUAUUGGGCCGUAUGACUUCGCAGGUAGAGGAAGAACUCAUAAAUAUUUUGACAACCCAAGGCUGUGAUCAGAAGGAAGAAAUUUACGCAGAAUGCACAGUUGAGGAAAAAAACGCUGAUCAAUUGGCGUACGUAGAAGAUCAUCAUGAUGAGAUCGUCGCAAAAUUCGAAGCACAGCAAUAUAACCAGGGAGACGAGCUCCAUUCAACUGUGAGUGAGAUGGAGGAGAACAAAAAAAAGCAAUCGGAUGAUAAAGAAGUAGACCUAAAUAACAUAUCUGACAGGAUGGAUAAUCCCGUAUGUUCUGGCACCGCCGAUAUGGAGGAGGAGACAAAACAAGUGGACAAAACAAAUAAUCAAGAACUUUCUAUGGGUGAACAGUAUGACAAUUUUAAGAAAGAAGAAAUUGAUGCACAGGAAAAUUACCAAAGAGAGGUGAUACCCGUAAUUAGCUCCACAAAUCAAGCGUGUGAGCACACCGGAAAGGUAACGACUAUCCAUGAUGGAGAGUCCCACCUAGAGGUGCAGCAGCAGAUGGAAGAGCAGUCGGAUGAACAAUGGAACGGGAUUCCCACGGAGCAUCCGUCCGAAUUGCCAUCGGGUGAAUCAUCACAGUUACACAUAGAACAGGUCACAGCUCUCCCAAGUUCUCCUGCUUCGAACAUGCCAAAUGGGAAAGAAGAGAAGGACGAUGGGGAUGAAGACAAGGGUGACAACUCUUCGGAGUCUAAAAAAACACAUGAAGAUGAAGAGCAGGUGAAAAAUUUUCUCUGUACCAAUUUAGAGGAUAUCAACCUGCUAAAAAGUGCAAAUUACGAGGUAGAUACAAAGGAGUGGAUAAAGCUAGAAAAAGAGGAUAUAGAAAUGUUGAAGCGAUCUGUUAACAUCGACAACAUUGAACACAUACCAAUUGAUGAUUUUUACACAAAAAAUAUAAAAGAACGUGGUUCUAAUCUAUUUUCCUACUCCAUUCAUUCUAGUAACAUGUCUGAAUUUCUCAAAAUCGGGGUGGACCAAAAGGCAUGUGCUAGUUGGAGUGCGCAACAAGAGGAGAGCCUAACGAGUACUGACGACAUAUAUAAAAAAAUAAAUUUUUCAAAUUUGGAAAAUAAUAAAAAGUGUUAUGUCACCCUUUUUUCUGAAGAAGUUAUCCCCGCAGGGGUCCUUAACGAAAAGGAAAAGAUCACAGAAUGUAUGAACCUGCAACAAAUGGAGACCUUCCAUUUGGACUGUAACGAAAUGGAUUCAGGGAACGAAUCUUCUCAUGUAGAAGAAGCUAAAGAAACGAGUGAAACUCACCCAUCGAAUGAUUUUAAAUCGGGUGAAGAUUCCGAUCAAAAGUGCAGUCAGGAGAAGGUGCUCGAUCAUGGAAAAGAAAAAGAAUCCAAUGAAAAAGGUCUAUAUCCAUUUGAACAAAUGAACAUUAGUAGUAACGCCUUCACUUCCAAUUUAUACACAACGGAACAUGGUGAGUAUAGAAAUUACGAGGAGGUCAUGAAAGACAAUUCGAAUAUUGCAGAGGCAUUUCUCAAUAGUGGCAUGUAUGGGGAGAAAAGCGAAAUGGGGAAAAGUAACAUCAGCGAUGAGAUUCUCCCAAAUAGCUUCAUCAACCCAAACGAAAAUAUCAUCCUUAAUUACAGCAGUUGUAAUGAUGGCAUGCAGAGUGUGCCAAAUAGCUCUCUCAUUCUCGUCAAAGGGGAACAGGGCACGAAAGAAUCAGAGAACUCGACAAGAAUCUUCAAUCGUGGAAGCGACUCUAACAGCGGUAACAUCAAUGAUCCUACUAAAUGUAUGGACAAUAAAGAUAUGAAUAAAGAACAGGAGGACACGAGGAACAUGGGAAGUAAUGGCAUGUGCGAAUCGACCUCCAUAUUUAAACAGCGGAAAUCCUUUUUCGAGAAUUUAAAAAAAGACAAGCCAUUAAGCAGCCACCCCGCAAAAAUAUUUCUCAGCAAUGAAAGGGAUGUCCUCAGAAAGGUGAGUGGAAAAAGUGAAGGAGAAGUACUCAACUCUAACUCGUCCAUAAAUCAACGCAAAGAAGGGAAUAUCCCAGUGGCAGAAUCAAAUAUGAGCAGUUCCAUCCCCAAUGAAGAAGAUAACCAGACGAACAAAGAACAUUCACUAGAAAAAUUUGCAAAGUUAAAGAAAACGAAAAAUAUAAGUGACAAUUUUUACAUCAUAAACGACAAAAUGAAAAGCAGUGGAAAGGAAAAGAAGGACACUUCCCUUAUGGGAAUAGCGCCAAGUGAGCAACUAACACCCUCAAACGAUUUGGAAGGUAGGACUACAACCGACACCCUCAACACACCCAAUCGGGAUAAGGAAAACGAAAUGGAAAAAAUAGAAUGCAUGGACGAAAUGGCCAACUGUGAGAGUAAUAAAAAAAUCACGCAACAUUUUGUCAUUUACGAUCAAAGCGAUUUUGCAACUCCCAGUACAAAACUGGAUGAAGGAACACUAACCAUGGGGGAAGCCCACAACUUGGAGAAAAAAAAAAAAAUCGAAGGAACCACACCCAACACAGUAAUCACCCUUAACAACUGCACCAUUAAUUCGAAUGCGGACAUGCAUAUAACAGAAGGGAAAAAAUAUAUGUUCAGUUCGGCUACACAACUGAGUAAGGAUAUUUUCAUAAAUUUAGAAAAAGUAGAAAAAAUAAUUCACGAUGUAAAAAAUGAAAGCAGUUAUCACGAGGUAUCCCUCCUUAGUCAAGUUAAGGAGGUUCCCACGUUUGGUAGCAGUGAAGAACCCAACCCCCAAAAUAAGAAAAAAAAAUUCACAGAAUUAAAGAAGAAGACCACUCCUAUGAACAGCAAUCCUAUAAAUGACACAUUCCCAGCGGAAGCUACAAACUCGAAGAUCAAUGAAUUCCCCGACAUGAACUUGGACCAUACGAAGGAAGUCUUGCCAAGUGGACACAUAUCCAUCGGCGUCAUGAAUUCUGAAGCGUCUCCCUGCUCCGGCGAUUUGCUUUCUCCCGCUGAUAAAUCCCUUCUCACGGUCUCUGCACCGGUGGACAAAUUUGAAGACGAAUUUUUUAAUAUGAAUUCCUGUGACAGCAGUGUCAUGUAUAAAGACUUCAUGGACGUAAUGAAUUCGGAAGUUCGGCCGGAGGUGGAACAUUUGGAGGAAGCAGAAGUGGAUGCAGUUCCAGAACUAGUAGAAGUUAUUCCAGAACAGAUGGAAGUUUUUUCAGAGCCCAUGGAAGCCACUUCAAAGUCAGUGGAGGCGUCUCCCCAACAGCCAGAUAAUAACCUCCCACAUGGAACAUUGAAUUCCGCAGAGGAAGAGGGAGAUGCAAAGUCGGAGGAAGAACCUAAAUCAAGGGGCGAGAACGACGCAGCUCUGGAGAGCGAAAAUAUCCACGAGUUGAAUAGUCUGCCCCCACAGGAGGCACAACUAGGAAUGGGGCAAACAGAUCUUAUGAGGAAUUCAAACCAUAGCUUUGACGUAUCAUUCGGUGUGCACACGGAUAAGCAUAAGAUGGACGAUAAAAAUUCCUUAAUUGAUAAUUUGAAAGAGAACGAAGCAAUUGACACGGCAGGGGACCUAAAGGAAAAUUACACAAACGAAAAGUGCACAAAUAAUGACGCAGAUCAGCAACCCUUUAUUAAUGACAAGGUGGAGGGAGAAGAUAAGCCGAACGAGGAAUUAACUGGCAAGGUAACAUUGCAAGAGGAACUUAUAACAAAGGACAACUUCGAAGAGGAUGAAACAGAGUCAAUAUAUCCAAAUGAAGAGGAUAGUCCAGUGGGCAACGCAGCUAUAUAUGAAAGUAACGGAAUACCCCCUUUGAAGGAGAGAAAUGAAGACAUAAUUUCUUUGCCCACAGAACAAGUAAUAGAUAAUUUAGAGAAUGUAAUUGACCCUCCCAUGGUAGAAGAAAACACCGGGGGUGACAAACCAAAGGAAGAAAUAUCCCCAGAUGAAGAACACAGUGGCGGUGAAAUUAUUGACAAUAAUAAUCAUGUGAAUGUCUCUGAGAAGGCAGAAGCAGGGGUGAGCGAAAGUCCAAAUUCAUCCAAACUUAACCAGGAGAAGACUAAAAAUUAUAGAAAUAGAAAAUACAGUAAACGGAGAAAUAGAAGAAGAUGA